GCGUGCGCGCGCCGCCCCUCGGCCAGCUGCGGAGGCAGCUGCCGGCGCGGCUGCCCUCCAUCUCGCUGUCCAUGUCUACCGACGACCUCAGCUAUGCGGCCGCCGGCCCGCGAUCGCCGUCGCCCCUCUCCGAGCUGUGUCUGGACGUUCCCCAGGAUCCCCGCUCCCUGCAGGUGCCCGGCUACGGGCGGCCCAACUCGUGGACGACGUCGGCGGAGGGCGGGCGCGCGGCGUACCGCCUGCUGAAGGAGCACCGCAACAGCGACCCGGGGCCCGGCCCGCGGGCCGCCCUAGCCGCCAGUGCAGCCGCCUCCGCCGCCGCCUCCGCCGCCCCCUCCGCCUCCUCGUCCACAUCUUCCGAGGAGGACAGCGGCCGCGGGGGCCGGCUGCCGGCCACGCCCACCACGCCGCCCGCGCCGCUCGCCACCGAGCAGAUGUUCGAAGACGACGGCGAGAUGCCGCUUUUCAUGCGCCGGCCGGACCCUGACGACUCGACGGCCGACGACUGCCUCGUGCCCUCCGUCGACGAAGACAGCGCCGGCGGCAAGGCGGGCCGUACCGUAGUCACCGUCAUGGCGCCGCCCUCUCCCGGUGUACACCGGCUACAGGUCCGCAGUGAGUCGGUGUGUGACCUGGGCUCCAGACAAGGGGAGCUGAGCCCGCGCGCCGGUCGCCGGACUUCCAUCGUGAUUGGCGGCGGUGGUGGCGCCGCCGCCGGCGGUAGCGGGUACCUAAGCCCAGGGGGAAUCCCCGGUUUCGCGGGGUCCAGGGUCAGCCUGGACUCGGAGAUGCGGCGCGCCGCCUCGGAGUACGACUUGGUGCGCAACGCCGCCAACCGGACGUCGGUCCUCAUCCGCGACGGCGGCGGCGGCUCCAGGCACCAGCUGCACCCCGUCGAGGCCCACGGCGACGCCAACAGGGUCACCAUCAGCGUCGGCGGAGGCGAGCCGCCGUCGCCGCGCCACUUCGACGGCUUCGGCUACCUGACCAGCAGUUCCUCGUGCACGGUCAUCGACACCGCCUCCAACAACGCUAACAUCAUCUACAACAACAAGAACAACACGAGUUCCCUGACGAUUCUCUCGCAAAACAGCGCGUCCACCAGCUCGCUCGCCAACCCGGUAGUGAUCUCAGUUUCGCACGACGAGGACGACGCCAGGCGCAAGUUUGCGGCCGAUCGCCGCCGCCACAGUCAUCAGCAACCGCAGCACCACCUGAGCACCGUCACGGUCAACGACGAUUCGCCGCACUACGACACGCCGGCCGACAGUGUGCCUAGCAGGGUCACCGUCUUGGAAACUGGCGCUUACGACUCGGGGGCCGAGACCGGUAGCGUCUCGAGCAUCGUCAUCGAUACGGCGACACCGUCCCUCUCUGUAGUAGAGGACGGACAAGAAAUGGACGAAGAGACUGCAGCGGCCCUCCGCGACCCGGUGGAGGCAGUGCGUAGGAACCUAGUGCCCCACGUAUGUGGCAAGAGGGACGACCCGGUGGAUAGGCUCAGCUCGCUGAUCGACAAUGGCAGCCAAGUGAGGCGUUCACCUUCUGAGGAAGUGGAGGAGCCCUACCCUGUGGACGCAGCGGCAGGCAACGACGCCGCCAGGGCUCUGCUUCUGGACGGGGCUGAUUCCAGGAAGAAGACAAGCGGUAGCCGCAAGGAAGAUGGAGCGGAGAAGGGCGCGGCAGAUGCGGAGCAGCAGGAGCAGGAUGAGGAUCAAGGGCAGGAGCACGACCAGGAGGAGGACCUGUACGAGAGUAUCAAGGACCACAUCUACGAGGAGAUCGGCGCGCCCACGGCGACGGCGUCGCCCACGCCCACCACCACGGCCACCUCCUCGGCGGCGACCACGCCCUCCACGGCGGCUCCCGCGGUCAUCGUGCAGGACGAGCACGGCGUGCCGCAGCCCCCAGAUGCGCACGGGCAGGGGCGGUCUAUGUUCGAGGGCGCGAGCAAGUACGACAUCCUGAGCUACCUGGCGGACGCGCGCGACCGCGUGCACACGGACGAGGACGCCGACGGCGACGGCGACGCCGACGCCGCGGCGCGGCGCGCCCGCCAGCCGGCCGGCCUGGAGCUCAGCAGCCGCGCCUCCCAGCUCAGCAACGCCAGCGACUCCAGCGAGGACAGCGUCUCCGCGGACACCCCGGCCAAGGUGCGCAAGAACUGCGCGGAGAUCGAGCGCAACGACUCCGGCGUCGGCAGCGAGACGAGCAAGAGCAGCCGCAGCAGGUGGCAGUCGGGCGGCGCGGGCUGCGGAGGCGGCGGGGGCGGCGCGGCUGCGGGCGACCAGGACCAGCUGCAGUGCGAAGACUGCGAUCAGCGCGUCGACACGCACGUCACCGACAGUGGCGUUAUGUUCGCGCCGAUGGUGUGCCGCAAAUGCGCCAAGCGUCGGGCCGAGCGCAAAGAACUGCUGGCCGAGAUCGUGGACACGGAGGAGAAGUACGCACGCGACCUGAAGAUCGCUCUCGACGAGUUCUACCGACCAAUGCUCGUCGCCGGGCUACUCACACCAGACCAGCUCGCCGCCAUCUUCCUCAACAUGCAGGAGCUGCUGGAGCACUCGCGCGCGCUGGCACACAAGCUGCGCGACUCGCUGGACGUGGCGCUGGAGCAGGGCGACGAGGACCUGCUGACCGUCAACAUCGGCCGCCUCUUCCUGGACGCCGCGCCCAUGCUGCACGCCUUCGAGUCCUACUGCACCAGACAGGGAGCAGCUUCAAUGCUGUUAUCGAAUCUUGAGAAGGAAAAGGAAAUUCUUCGCAUUUUCCUUAGGGUUUCCCAAAUGGAAAAUGCUGUAUUGAGACGCAUGAAUCUCAACUCUUUCUUAAUGGUACCAGUGCAGCGAGUUACCAAAUAUCCCCUGCUUUUGGCACGGCUAUACAAAUUGACUCCUGCACAUCAUGAGGGAAGAGAACUGCUCAAGCAAGCUCAGCACAAGAUUGAGUUGCACCUUGAGCAUAUCAAUUCAGAAGCAAAGGACAUCAGCACCAUGAAACUUUGGAGACGUAUAUCAAUAAUCAAUGGGCGAAGAUUAAGCAGUGAAAGUGACAUGAUUAAUAUUAAACUCAGAAAGAUGGCUCUUGAAGUGUUGGAGUGGAACCAUGAAGAAGCAACAUUUUCCAUGGAAGGAAAGCUUUUAUACACAAAUCCUACAGACAAUAAUUGGAGAAAAGGCCGAACAAUCAAACUGAAUCCUAUCAAUGCUCUUCUAGUUACCAAAGGAAAGCUAUCUGAAGAAUAUCAAAUUGAGCCUCCUGAUGAUUUAUUGAUGUUUCCCCGCAAGACUGGGGUUCGUGAAGCCACCUUGUUACUUGUCAGAGAGAAGAGUGGCAGAUAUUCGUUAUUAAGGGAUCCCCUGUUCCUUGACAAGUGCAUAGUAUGUUGUGAGACUGAUUGGGAAGACUACUUUGAAGUGCAAGAAUUGGCAUCUAAGGAAACCUAUAUUUUCAAGGGUGAGGAUGGGGAAAGAACAAAGACAUGGUACAGGACACUACAAUGCCAUGCCCAAGGGCUUGGCUCCUGGAGACGAAGGAGAAAUGCCCUGGCUAACAUCAUAAAUGGAAUGGUUGCACGGGACUAGGUGCAACAACAGUCAACACUGUCUGCUGUGAUAUUUGGCACCGGUUUUCAGAAAUGAAAUGCCGUUAUGGGAUUUUUUUUCUGUGCUGUUAAUGCAUAUGUAUUCCUUCCUAUCUUAUAAAUAGACAAAUAACUUGUUGUAAGCUACUUUCCACUUUUCUGAAAAAUGAUGUACAAAGCAUGUAAGUUACAUAUGUAUAGAUGAGUACAAUGAAAAUAAAUUUAUAAUAUUCAAAA